CCCUUUUUAUCGAUAGAUGAGGUGUGGAGGAAUUUAAAAGAAUGAAGACGCUUGUGUGUUGUUUUGUGUGUGAAUCGGGUGCCAUGUGCCAGAGGGGAAGAAAAAGGUGUUUGUGUGGUGAGUGCCCCUGUCCACCUUUUUCCCCCCUUUGCUUCAAUCGAAAGGGUGCGGCAUGAAGGUGACGGGGGAUGAUUGUGUUGUGUUAGUAAGUAAUUGGUUUCUAAUAAUUAGCUGCCCUUUUCCCGCGGUUCAUUACGAUUCGAACGUCGGCAAGAUUCGGUUGCUGCUGCGGUCGGGGCAAGAAAUCGAGUGAAUCGAGCGGCCACCGUCCGGUACGUUUGUGAGUUACGGUUAAAAGAACGGUGUCAAAAUCGAUCGAACCUUCAAGGUGUUUAGCAGAUGAUUUGUGUUUGUGUGGUUCGAGUGCGUCGCGUAGAAUGAAAGUGUCUCAUUAUCCCUGAGCAGGUGGUUACAUUUCGACACGUCGAUCGUGCAAGUGUUGUACCCGAAACCGAUCAAAAAACAAUUUUUCCGAUACAGUGCUAGAUCGAACGUGGCAUGGUGUGGUGCGUGUACUGAAGGGUGUGCAAUUGGCUUGAAAAUUCUACACCCCAGUGAAGGUGCUAAAGCAUCGGGAAGAGUUCCAAGCCACUCUAAAAGAGUGAAUGUGAAGUGAAACUGUGUACUGUGGUCCAUAAGUGAUCUGAAGACGGUUGGCUUAAGUUUGCGUACCAUCGAAAUGGCCUGUUUUGCAAAGAUCUUUGGCAGAAAGCAUGGUUCGUUCAAUCUGCCCGGUGCCGGUGCGGGCGAUGGCGAAGUUGUGGCUACACGUGUUACACGGCGGCUUUACGACGAGGAACUAAAUCAAACGGUGCCGCCCGUAACUCGUGCCAAUGGGUACGUUGGAUUGGAGAAGGUGGCACCACCUGCAGUGGCACCUACACCUACAGUACCGCAAACUACCACCGUGAUCACCGCACCGACGGUGGUUAAAUCAAACGAACGUGAGUCAGGGCUGGGAUCGUUGGAUGAACGAUUAAACAUUACAAGCAACGCUACCACAAACGACACUAAUCGCGAGCCCGAUCCUUUCGGUCCACCAGAGGAACGUACGUGGAGCGUACAGACGAGCCCCGACCCACCGACCGUACCGUCGAUUGUUGUACCGGCGGCACCCACCGUCGAGCGACGAGCAUCGAGACCCCGAGAUCCGGAAGUUCCAAAAAUAAGCAGCAGCUCGCGAGAGACUUCCACGAUCGAACCUCCUUCCAGGCAGGGCCAGGAGCAGCUGCUAAAGGAUGUACUACAAAACAAGAUUCUUCACAUGCUGGCACUUCAGUCGAAGGGUUACAAACAGUUGUCGAAGAGUGAACGAGCGACACUGCUUCGUUUGGAGGAAGAAAUACAGGAGCUGCAGGCGAAGAGUAAAACUCCCGAGCCGACGAUACAACCCACCGGCGACCCAAAGCAGACGGAAGAACGAACGAUCGAUGAGCAGCACAACAGUGUUAGCUCGUAUGAAACGAAUCUCCCACCAAUGGUGAAGCCACCGAUAGUGGAACCACCAGCUCCGAAAAGAGACAGCCCAAUCCCGCACAAUCAUCCCGAGGAGCAGCUGCAGGAUGGAGAGAUGUCCGACUACGAUGUGAUUCCGGUACAGAAAUCGAACGACGAUAUAGUGCCGGAAGCACCAAGCUCAGAGGAUGACCGAUCGACGGUACUGCCACCGGAUUUGCCACCCCGUAUGAGUAGGGUUAACCACGUGGAGGAAGCGGACGAUACCUCGCAGGAUGAGGAACCAACGCCACCGAAGCUACCACCUCCGAGAAGUCAGCUCGAACAGAACCUCGCCGAUGAAGCGCUUCACAGAUCGAUACAGGAAACGAUCGUGCGUCAGACGGUGAACGCGCGGGAAGAAGAAAAGGAAAUACCACUCCCAACAGUACCGCCCCCAUCAAGGGAACCUCCCCCAGUUCCAUCUUCGCACCAUUCCGACCGCCAAAUGGAUGAUGAUCCGCACACCGCACCUCCGCGAAAAGAGACGUUAGUACGAAAGAUAUCAUCUCAACGGUCUAUGAUCGAAGAACUGGACAUUACUACCGGAACGUUAAAGAAAACGCGCAAACAGGGCGUUGUGUCGGACAAAACCGAUCUGAAGGAAUCGAAAGACAUCGUCAUCCCCACGCACCCGAAAAGCCCGGACACAGAACUGCUGAUCAAGACGGCGAUCGUGGCGAACGACUUCCUUAACAACAUGAUGGACGAGGAACGGUUACAGGCCGUUACGGCGGCCAUGAGCUCGAUGACAUUCCCACCGAACAGUUACAUCAUCAAGGAGGGUGACAUUGGGGCACACUUCUUCGUGUCGGAAGAGGGCACCUACGAGGUGGUGGUAGAUAAUAAGGUGAUUAAAUCGUUUGGCCGCGGUGUUGUGUUUGGGGAGCUGGCGAUCCUGUACAAGGCGAAGCGAUUCGCUUCGAUACGCGUUACGAGUGGGGCGCGCGUUUGGUUGCUCGAGCGAAAGGUGUUCCAGAAGAUUAUGAUGAAGAGCGGCCGGAAGGAGCGGGAAGAGAAUGUCCGCUUCCUGAGCACGGUGUCGGUGUUGAAGGAUCUGGAGAUUGAGAAGCUGCACAAAAUAUCGGAUCUUCUAAAGAGGGAGUUCUAUGCGACCGGGUCAACCAUCAUUCAGCAGGGGGAUCCCGGUGACAAGUUCUACAUAAUACGCGGUGGCAGCGUAAACGUGAUUAAAACCGAUAAGAAGGGCAACGAUCGAUUGGUGGGAACGCUUCAACGAGGAGCGUACUUCGGUGAGCAGGCCCUCCUCCACGAGGACCGUCGAUUGGCCAGCAUCAUAGCAAACCCACCCGGGACCGAGUGUCUGACGCUGAACCGCAUUGCAUUCAACGAGUUCUUGGGCGGGUUGGAUAAGCUCCGUGAGGUGAAGCUCUCCGACACGAUACCACGCAGCUCGACGAUGACAAAUAUUGUCUCAGAGUUCGACCAUAUCCAGUUGCAUGACUUAACCUACAUCGGGACGCUCGGCAUCGGUGGCUUUGGGCGGGUGGAGCUGGUACAGUACAAAAACCACCAAACGUUCGCCCUGAAGUAUCUGAAAAAGAUCGAAAUGGUACGCCAGCAGCAGCAGGAGCACGCCUACAGCGAAAAGGACAUCAUGCUGAGCUGCAACAGUCCGUUCAUCGUACGCCUGUACAAGACGUACCGCGAUAAGAAGUACCUCUACUUCCUGAUGGAGGCCUGUCUCGGCGGUGACGUCUGGACCGUGCUGCAGAAGAGCAAAUUCUUCGACGAGCGUACGGCCCGCUUCAUUACCGGCUGCGUCGUCGAAGCGUUCGAGUAUCUGCACAGCCGAAACAUGAUCUACCGUGACUUGAAGCCCGAAAACCUGAUGCUGGACGAGAAGGGCUACAUCAAGCUGGUUGACUUUGGGUUCGCGAAGCGCAUCGGACCGAACCAGAAGACGUGGACGUUCGCCGGUACGCCCGAGUACGUGUCGCCGGAAAUCAUCCUCAACAAGGGUCACGACCGGGCCGUCGACUAUUGGGCACUGGGCGUACUGAUACACGAGCUGCUGGUCGGGAAGCCACCGUUCCGCGGCAAGAACCACAUGAAAACGUACAACGCCAUCCUGCGCGGAAUCGACAUCAUCGAGCUGCCGUCCCGCGUACCCAAGAAGGCACAGGUCCUGAUCAAGCGACUCUGCAGACAGACGGCGGCCGAACGGCUCGGCUACGGCAAGAACGGUAUCGCCGACAUCAAGAACCAUCCCUGGUUCGGUAGCUUCGAGUGGCAACGGUUGAAGGAGCGCACGAUGCCGGCCCCACUCAUCCGUCCCAUCGUGUCCGAUAUCGAUCUGUCCAACUUUGACGAGUACCCGAAGGACCAGGACGAACCGCCGGACGAAAUGUCGGGAUGGGAUAUUAAUUUUUAAUUUGCUCGCAUUAAGCAAACACAAAAAUGGCAACAACCCAGACACAAUGCACGGGAACCAGUGCGGAACGUUUUUUGUUUUUAUUUUCUGUGCCGAAUUAAUUUUCCCAGUAAGCCAUCCGUAAUGAACGUUAAUCAGUUUCAUGCUUUACUUGUACCGGUUUCGCAACCCCUCCAUCCGCGGCGCUUGAUCUAUUACAUUUGUUCGUGCGGUUGUUCGUGUUGGUCGUCGGCCUCCCAAAGUCCUGUCGGCGGGCGCUUGAUAUUCGAUGGAGCAUUAACAAUAAAAUUGGAUCUUAUGAGUACAUUUCCACGUUCAUCACGAUGCACCGGA